UUCCCACCGCUUCUCAGCGGAACAAAAACCCUAAUCCAAACUGUGCUUCCCGGUUUCGCUCUUUUCAGCUGUAACAAACCAGCUCGAACCUCUCACUCUCUCUGUUUCUGCAAUGGCGAAGAAGAAGGAGAAGAAGGUGAACGUCUCCGGAAAACCUAAGCACUCUCUCGACGUAAACCGCAGCAAUGACGCGAAGAAGGAGUCGCGCUCCGCUGCCACUGUGCGCCGCCUCAAGAUGUAUAACACCAGACCCGUCCGCGAUCGCAAGGGAAAAGUCUUAUCCCACGAGCUUCAGUCCAAGGAGCUUCCCAGCACAAGAAUCCAACCCGACCGUCGAUGGUUCGGGAACACGCGUGUUGUGAAUCAGAAGGAGCUUGAGUUUUUCCGAGAAGAGUUGCAGAGCCGCAUGUCGAGUAAUUACAAUGUGAUUCUGAAGGAGAAGAAACUGCCGCUGUCGCUGCUCAACGAUCACCAGAAGCAAGCUAGGGUUCACCUGCUUGAUAGAGAGCCUUUUCAAGAUGCGUUUGGACCGAAGACUAAGAGGAAGCGCCCCAGCCUCAUGGCGGCUGACUAUGAGUCCUUGCUGAAGAAAGCUGAUGGUUCUCAAGAUGCUUUUGAACAGAAGUAUGGUUCCAGUGUAUCUGCAGAAGCUAAUGAUGAAGAUGGAUUUAGAGAUUUAGUGCGACAUACCAUGUUUGAAAAGGGUCAGAGUAAACGCAUAUGGGGUGAGCUUUACAAAGUGAUAGAUUCUUCAGACGUGGUUGUUCAGGUUUUAGAUGCAAGGGAUCCACAAGGUACAAGAUGUUAUCAUUUAGAGAAGCAUUUGAAGGAAAAUUGUAAGCACAAACACAUGGUGCUUUUAUUGAACAAGUGUGAUCUAGUUCCUGCUUGGGCAACAAAAGGAUGGCUCAGAGUUUUGUCAAAAGAAUUUCCAACUCUAGCAUUCCAUGCUAACAUUAACAAGUCUUUCGGAAAAGGUUCACUUCUAUCAGUUCUAAGACAAUUUGCUCGAUUGAAACGUGAUAAGCAAGCAAUAUCUGUUGGAUUUGUUGGAUACCCAAAUGUUGGGAAGUCAUCAGUAAUCAACACAUUGCGUACUAAGAAUGUCUGCAAGGUUGCUCCAAUUCCAGGGGAAACGAAAGUCUGGCAGUAUAUAACCCUAACAAAGAGGAUCUUUCUGAUUGAUUGUCCAGGUGUUGUCUACCACAACAAUGAUACUGAAACAGAUGUUGUGUUGAAGGGUGUGGUGCGUGUAACUAAUUUGAAAGAUGCUGCAGAUCAUAUAGGUGAGGUUUUGAAACGUGUGAAGAAAGAGCAUUUGGAGAGAGCGUAUAAAAUAAAAGAGUGGGAUGACGAAAAUGACUUCUUACUGCAGCUUUGCAAAUCAUCUGGCAAACUUCUGAAGGGUGGUGAGCCUGACCUGAUGACUGCGGCAAAGAUGAUACUUCAUGACUGGCAGAGGGGCCGAAUUCCCUUUUUUGUUUCCCCUCCUAGGGUUGAGGACUUGUCCGAGGAACCUAAUGUUAAUGGUGUUGACUUAGAUGAUUCAGUUGAUGGCAAUGAGGCUUCUGCUGCUAUGAAGGCUAUCGCAGAUGUUCUUUCAUCACAGCAGCAAACAAGUGUACCUGUUCAAAAUGAUUUAUAUAGUGAGAAUGAGUUGAAGGGGGAAGCUGCUGACCAAUAUCCAAACACUAAUGCAAACGAAGAUAUUCUGGCCCCUGAUAGUAACACAUCUGAAGAGGAUACAACCAACGUGUCAUAACUUUUGGUUGCUGUUAUCAGUCGGGAAAUUGUAUAUUUCAAGUUGGUUUUGUUUCCAUCCUCUAAAAAGCUUUGAAGAGAACAAGCUCAUUUUCCCUCAACCCAUUUAUGCACGAGUUUCAUGCUGGAAUUUCAUCUGUCUCAAAAAUAUGCUCUUCUCAAAUGCAUCAUUUUUGCUCUUGGGAAUGUUGUUUUUGGUCACCUAAAUGAAGUUUCGGGGAAGGUCAUAACUGUUCUUUGGAUUCAUGAGAUGGGGGAAAGAUACUGCUAUGGAGAUCAUAAAAACAUGCAGGAGCUUUUGGUUUGUUGAACAUUAGGUUUUUUUUUUUUAAUUUAAGUAAAGCAUAAGUUUGAGCGAUAUAGCUUAAUGUUGGAAAUUUUGUUUUAUUUGCCAAUAUACCAUUCUAUGAUUCCUAGUUGUGAACGUUGAUACCUGCGAUAUUUUCUUAUUUAAUGUCAUUAUUUUUAUCGUUCAUGUUAA